AUGUUCCCCUCUCCCUCUCCUUCCCCUUCGCCCUCGCCCGGUCCGGCGUUCCUCUACAACCAACAUCACGCGCAUGGACAUGGACACGGGCAUGGUCACGGGGCUCACAAUCAUGGAGGGCAUGGCUCGAGCGGCUUGGGUGCCAUUGGGGGAGGAGCGGGUGGAGGUCUAGGCAAUGGCAUGGGCAAUGCCUCUGGCAGCUCACCUUUCGAAGGACCUGGAGGAGCAAAUGGCUUCCCACCACUUGGUCGAUAUGCGCCCAACAACCUGGGUUGGAGCGCUGUUGGAGGUGGGAGCAUGAACCUUGGCUCUGGAGCACUCAAUGCGGGCGCAAGAGGCGCAGGGUCCAGCAAUGGCGCUGGGCACACUAGCAAUCCCUCUUUGUCCAGUCUCAACUCGCUGGCACAUGCACAUGGAGGUGCGAAUGGAGCAGGUUCCAUAGGAAUGAAUGCGCCUGGAAGUCCCAGCUACGGUCAUGGGCCAGGGCCACUUCAUCAUCCCCACGCUGGAGCUCUGGGUCAUCAUCAUCAUACUGGUCAUGGUCUGCAUGGACCUAGCGGACUGUCUCAGCUCGCUUCCUCGCCCGGCAUGGGUAUGAGCGUCGGCGGGCACUCGACUUCCUCCAGCAGCCAGCCUUCAGCAAUCAACAGCUCCCAUUGGAAUCAGCAGCUUGUGAAAGCAGAGGUUAGUGAAUGCGCUUUAGGCUCUGGACCAAACGAAAUGAGCAAAUGGCUAAUGUCUUUCGCUCCCGUGCACAGAUUUCGAGGGCUUCUUCCUCUCCACAUCAUCAUGCUAGAGCAGCUGCUCUGGCUGCUAGAAGCGCCACAUCUGCCGCCAUAGCCAUCCAAGAUCCGAACAAGGCUGGACGCGGAGCAGCCAAUGGCUUGCACUUGUCGAGCAGUCUGAAGAAGGACAACGCCGACGCAGCGAGCGAGGACGGAGGUCACGGUAAUGGCAGAGCGGGUACCAAUGGCAAGGCCGAUUCUGACAAGAAAGAGAAGAGCGGAGGCUGGACAACUAUCGACAUGGGUGGAUUGGGCCUCAAGAACCUGGCCAAGGAGGUGUUCAGGUACGACUUCCUCACCUCGCUCUUUGUCAAUCACAAUGCUCUCUCCACAAUUUCUCCAGCCAUUAUGCAGCUGAAGAACUUGGCGAUCUUGGACGCGUCCGGCAACCGCCUAGUCAAUCUGCCGCCGGAGAUGGGCAUGCUCACACAGUUGAGGGAGCUCUUCUUGUUCGACAACCAGCUCGAGACGCUCCCUCCCGAAAUGGGCACACUUUACCAGCUAGAGCUGCUGGGUGUGGAAGGCAACCCCAUGCAGGAAAAUCUACUUUCACUGGUGCAAAAGGAUGGCACGCAAGCCUUGAUCUCUCACUUGCGGGAUACAUGUCAGGUGCCAAUGCCGCCACCGGAAAGGGAGUGGAUCAACAUUGAUGCGGAUUUGCCACCCCCUCCGCCUGCCAAUGAAGAUGGCACACCAGUCCCACCUGGAGAGGUCUUCAACGUGCUAUCGUACAAUGUCCUCUGCGAGCGGUAUGCGACUCCUCAGAUGUACGGCUACACGCCGAGCUGGGCAUUGGCUUGGGACUACAGGAAGGAAUUCAUCCUUCAAGAAGUCAUGAGCUACUCUGCCGAUAUUUGCUGCUUGCAAGAAGUGGAUUCGGAGCAGUACGAGGACUACUUUUUGCACCACCUGUCCCAACAAGACUAUGAGGGCGUCUUCUGGCCCAAGAGUAGAGCGCGGACGAUGAGGGACGAGGAGAGGAGAAGGGUGGACGGAUGCGCUACGUUUUUCAAAUCGAACAAGUAUGCUCUGAUCGAAAAGCAGCUGAUCGAGUUCAACCAGACUGCUCUUCAAAGACCUGAUUUCAAAAAGACGGAGGACAUGUUCAACAGGGUCAUGACCAAGGACAACAUUGCGACGGUCUCGCUUUUAGAAAACAGACAGAGUGGAUCGAGGUUGAUCGUGGCCAAUGCGCACAUCUAUUGGGACCCAGAAUUCAGAGACGUGAAGCUGGUCCAAACCGCGAUGUUGAUGGACGAGCUAGAAAAGAUCGCAGCCAGGUUCGCGAAGUUUCCACCAAAGUUGGAUUUGGCGGAAGGGUAUCCAUCUGCGCCAAAGUACUCCGACGGAACCAAGAUCCCGACCAUCGUCUGCGGUGACUUCAAUUCUGUUCCCAAGUCUGGCGUUUACGAGUACCUGUCUGGAGGAGCGAUUCGGGGCGAUCAUGAGGACUUCAUGUCGCACAUCUACGGCAACUACACUUCGGAAGGACUUGGCCACAAGUUGCCACUCAAGAGCGCCUACGCCAAUAUGGGAGAGAUGGAAUUCACCAACUACACGCCUGGGUUCGAAGGUUGCAUUGACUAUAUAUGGUACAAUCAGAAUGCUCUGGCGGUCACAGGUCUGUUGGACGGUGUGGACAAAGGCUACUUGGAAAAGGUCGUCGGCUUUCCGAACGCCCACUAUCCUAGCGAUCACAUCUGUAUCCUGAGCGAGUUUAGGGUCAAACAUCCGAAAGAUCCGCCCACAUCGAGACCUGCAAACUUCGGCAACUCCUUCUCCAACAGGGAUAGGAGAUGA